AUGUCAUUCUCAUCAUCGUCCAAAUUCGUUGUUUUGACAUCACCACUCCGUUCAACAUUUGAACUUCCAAAGGAGGCAUAUGGGGAUUCUGCAGGACUGAAAAGCAUCCAAUGGGACCUAGCUGAGGGAACAAGCUAUGAGUCAAAGACACAUGGGGAGUUGAUUGCCGAAUUGCAAGAAACAUGCUCUGAAUUCCGGAGCGCAAACGAGUAUGUGGCAAGUGCAGUGUCAGCCAUAGACGCAACCAAUGCCCAGCUAGCUCUGUGUGGAAUGUAUGCAUUAAAGGCUCGGGCCCAGCUUCUCUCGCAUGAAAAGGGAGACAAACACAAAGAGGAGGGUGGUCGGAUCAAAGGCACAUUUGGACGUGUGGUGACACACAGUGGCUUUGUUCAGCACCAAACAGACCGAUUUAAGAGGAAGAUGAUGGAGGAAGAGUUAGAGAAGGUAAUGAAGGAAGUACAGAAGGAUUGGGAAGAGUUCCAAAGAGGGCAGAAGGCAUGUGCGGCAGCGUGGAAGGAGAAGGAAAGGUUGCAGGCACUAAAGCUGAGGGUGCCUGUCAUAUCCAUUCCCGGCCAUCGACUUCCGGUCCCUCCGAUCCCUCUGGUCUAA